AAUCCCGAUCGUAGAUCGACUCCCGAUUCGAUUGUUGACAGAGCUGAUCUGCUUCCAGUUACUGCGCAACUCCAGUUGCUAGCGUUAAAAACAACCUAAUGAGCGAAGGGCUCUUGCGAGAGAGAGUCUCGUCGUGUUGAAACUGUUGCAAACAGAUUACUUUUCCCUACCAGUGCUACUGCUGCUGCUACUUGCUACUGUUACAGUUGCUCGCUUGUGCGACCGAACACGAGAGUAUGCAAUUCUCACCAACGCCGCUGGAAGAGCCGCGGUGGGAUCGCACGGUGAAAGUCGUCGUCUCUCCCGCCACGGCUACGGUCUCGAGACCUUCUACAGAUCGCGCGACGGAACACGACAGCCAUGAGGGCAACGGGGACGCGCCCAUGGAUAGGCCGCUAAAUCCGAUUGUCGGUUGCCUGAGCAUGGAAGCCGGGGAACCUACUCAACAAGCAGAACACGCGGGAGUUGGCGAGGAGGUAUUGGAAAAGACGGCCUAUGUGGAGGAAGGAGCAUCAGUGCUAGGAGCCGAGACGCUUGUUCCGGAUGCUGCCUCUGAAGAUGAGCGCGAUGUUCCGAUGAUCACGACAACAAAUCCAGCUUACGCAAUUCCACCAAUAUCCGUGCCGAGCGACCAAAAGAACACGGACGUUGAUACGAACACGACUGAAGUACCGCCCUUUGCCAUGGGAGAUCACGUGUAUCGCUUGACGGGACCGUUUGGAUUGUCCCAGCAUCACGCUAUCGUACUGACUGUGGCACGGAACGAAACGUCGCCCCUCGAGUGGAUCUUGGAGAUUGCUGACUUUGAUGCUUUGCUGGGAGCCCAGUCGGAUCUUGAUCAGAAUGAAAUGAGACAAACGGAUUGUACGUCCACACCGCAACAUGCUGGUAUGGUUGAAGCAACGUCACAGUCCCCCCACACAACCGAACUCGAAAAUGCCGACGCGGAGGCUUUGGAGUCCGUCGAUAAUCACGAGACGCCCAAAAAAACUGACGUCGCACUCACCUCACAGUACGUUCGAGAGUAUCGCACGUCCGAUUCCACGGUGACUUGGCACAAGGUACAGUACCACGCACGCUGGCUGCGCCGUCAUUUUGGUCGUAGUGGAACGUGUACCGCAGCCGCAGCCGACGCUCCGGGUAUGGUUCGAGCCCGGGUGGACUUUCUUUUGCAUCACCCCGAGGCCUUACCGCCUUACCACAUGCUCCAAGCCAAUACGGAGUGUGUCGCGGUUUGGUGUCGAACUGGUACAUGGGCUACAUUGCAAGCCACGUCUUGGUUAGCCGUGACGGCGGCGGGACAAGCCAAGUCGGCCGCGACGCUAGCAACCGUCGCCGCGUCCACCACCGUCACCGUUCCUGCGGCCGGACUCUGGGGUUGGAUGGGCUACACCUCCCAGGCUAGUUUGGCCGUCACCCAACCGCACCUUCUACCGGCCAUUGCCGCCUACGGAGUCGUGACGGUGGGACUCCCGCUGUUGUUUCUCCAAAAGGCCAAGCAAAAAUGGAAAGACGUCACGGUUCAACUCAAUACGGCCUUUUGGGACUGGGCUCAGUCGUCGGAGGACUUUGUCGAGUCUCUGCUGCAGUGGAGCAGCUAACACGAUCCUGUGGUUCUUGUCGACUAAAGAGACAGGAUCAAUGAUGGCAAUUGAAAAGUCAUGUUGGGACCGUAACGUCGGAAGGUCAGUCAUGGACGUUUAGAGGUGCAUCU